GAUUCCGAUCAGGCCGGGCGAGCCAUUGCCACCACCAGCACCAUGGCGUCAGGAGGGGGAAACAUCAAGGUCGUGGUGCGAUGUCGCCCUUUCAACAGCAGAGAAAACGCCCGCAAUGCGCAAUGUAUCGUCAAGAUGAAUGGGGACCAGACCAUCCUCUCGCCCCCCGCCGGCGCCGAGAUCAAGGGCAAGGCUGCUAAAGCUGCCAUGGAGGGCACCAAAACAUUCGCCUUUGACAAGUCCUACUGGUCCUUCGACCGCGCCGCCCCUAACUAUGCCGGCCAGUCCAAUCUCUUCGACGACUUGGGGAAACCGCUCUUGGAUAAUGCAUUUGGUGGUUACAACAACUGUAUUUUUGCCUAUGGACAAACUGGUUCGGGAAAGUCCUACUCCAUGAUGGGUUACGGCAAGGAUGCCGGUAUCAUCCCUAUGAUUUGCCAAGACAUGUUUGAGCGCAUCAAGAUUAUGCAGCAGGAUCCGAAUCUGAGCUGCACCGUAGAGGUCUCGUAUCUGGAAAUUUACAAUGAAAAGGUUCGCGAUCUGCUCAAUCCUUCCACCAAAGGGAACCUCAAGGUCCGAGAACAUCCUUCCACGGGUCCCUACGUCGAAGACUUGGCCAAGCUGGUCGUCAGCUCCUUCCCCGAGAUUGAGAAUCUCAUGGAUGAGGGUAACAAGGCCCGUACCGUCGCCGCGACCAACAUGAACGAGACGUCCUCUCGAUCCCACGCCGUCUUUACCCUGACACUGACCCAGAAGCGUCACGAUAUGGAGACCAGUAUGAGUGGGGAAAAAGUCGCCAAGAUUAGUUUGGUCGAUUUGGCAGGUUCAGAAAGAGCCCAGUCGACUGGUGCGACCGGCGCAAGAUUGAAGGAGGGUGCCGAAAUUAACAGAUCGCUGUCCACACUCGGUCGUGUCAUCGCGUCGCUUGCCGAUAUCUCCAUGGGCAAGAAAAAGGCCGGCCAGGUGCCGUAUCGAGAUUCGAUUCUCACGUGGCUGCUCAAGGACUCACUAGGAGGAAAUAGUCUGACGGCUAUGAUUGCUGCCAUCUCUCCGGCCGACAUCAACUUCGAGGAAACUCUAUCCACGCUUCGUUAUGCCGAUUCUGCCAAGCGCAUCAAGAACCAUGCCGUAGUCAACGAAGACCCUAAUGCGCGCAUGAUCCGCGAGUUGAAGGAAGAACUUGCGCAGCUUCGGUCUAAACUAGGCGGCGGUGGCGCUGGCGGCCCAGUCGAGGAACAGUACGCACCGGACACACCUUUGGAGAAACAAAUGGUGUCGAUCGCGCAGCCAGAUGGAACCGUUAAGAAGGUGUCUAAAGCUGAGAUUGUGGAGCAACUGGACCAGUCGGAGAAGCUAUACAAAGAUCUGAACCAAACCUGGGAGGAGAAGAUGAUCAAGACUGAGGAAAUUCAAAAAGAGCGAGAGGCUGCUUUGGAGGAACUUGGUAUCACCAUUGAGAAAGGCUCGGUCGGUCUUUCCACGCCUAAAAAGAUGCCUCAUUUGGUCAAUCUUAGUGACGAUCCGCUCCUCGCUGAAUGUCUGGUGUACAACCUCAAACCUGGCAGCACCACAGUUGGAAACGUAGAUACUGAAGGACAAACAGCAGACGUGCGGCUAACGGGGUCACAAAUCUUGCACGAGCACUGCACCUUUGAAAACGUAGAUGGUGCCGUCACAGUGAUUCCAAAGGAUGGUGCGGGCAUCAUGGUCAACGGAAUCCGUAUAGACAAGCCCAAACGACUUCGGAGUGGUUUCCGCAUCAUCCUCGGCGACUUCCAUAUAUUUCGUUUCAACAAUCCCCAAGAAGCCCGUGCAGAACGUGCUGAGAAUGGGCCAGUCGGGCCCAUCGGCUCUAGUCUACUUCGUCAUUCCAUCACACCCAGCCAGCUCAACUCCCCUUCGCCCAGACCAAACGGCCACGACAGAUCCUACAGCACAGUGAGCAUUGCAAACUCCGAGUUUGAUUCGGAAAGUCCUAGCAGGGCCGCAUCACCGGGUUACUUUGGACGGGGACGCGAUUCAGACUGGUCUCUUGCCAGGAGAGAAGCCGUGACGGUACUGCUAGGCUCCACAGCAUCCGAUCAAAAAAUCGCGUCAUUAUCCGACGAAGAAUUUGACACGUUGUUCGAUGAUCUUCAAAAACUUCGCGCUACUCGCAAGUCUCGACCGGAGAGUCGAUUGUAUGAUGCCGAGGAAGAUAUGGAAUCCGUCAGCUCGUUUCCCGUCAGAGAAAAAUACGCAUCGACGGGUACAAUAGACAACUUCUCCCUGGAUACUGCGUUGACCAUGCCUUCAACGCCACAAUUUGGGGAGGAAGACGACGGCAUGAAACAAGCUCGCGAAGACAUGCAGGACAGGUUGGAAAAGCGAAAGGAAGAGUUCACUGCCAGACUCAAAUCACAACAACAAAACAUCAGCGCAGAGAGUGGUGAAAUCAGGACGGAAAAGGCCGCCAUGGAAGAAUCCCUCCGUGCGGCAAAGCAAGAGAUGCAAAAGCAGCUACAAGAGCAGAAGGAAGCGUUCCACCGACAACUCAAGGAGCUCGGCCACGAACCACCACCAGAAGACCCAGUUACCAAUGGCCAUAAUCCAGAACAGCCAUCAGAAAAGCAGCUCGAGCUGGUCAAGCACGUCUUUCAGCAUUGGAGGUCCCGCAAGUUCGUAACCAUGGCCGAAACAAUCUUGCAAAACGCAGCCACAUUGAAAGAAGCUCAAGUGAUGAGCCAGCAAAUGGACAAGCAUGUCGUUUUUCAGUUCUGCAUCGUUGACGUCGGGCAUAACAUUCCUUCCUCUUAUGACCUUGUUCUUAAUGGCAUACCUGGCGAGGACGACCUGUACUUGGAAAGUACACCAAAACCCUGCGUUGGUGUGCGUGUGGUUGACUUCAAGAAUGAAGUCGUACAUCUCUGGUCCCUUCAGAAGCUACGAUUCCGCGUUCGUGUUAUGCAUCAGGUUCAUCAAUACAUGAAUCGGCCGGAAUAUCUUCAACACUUUUCGCUCGAGAACCCUUUCUCUGAGCCCUGCAUGCCCGAAUUCUCCCGUAUAGGAGACGUUGACGUUCCGCUGGCUGCCGUAUUCGAGUCUCGCGUACAAGAUUUCAGUCUCGAUGUAAUCUCACCAUACACUACCAAUGUGAUUGGCAUAAUCCGGCUGGCCAUGGAGCCAUCAUCAGCAGAAGCUCCUUCGACGACCUUGAAGUUCAAUGUGGUUAUGCAUGACAUGGUCGGCUUCCCUGAACGAGAAGGCACGCAAGUGCAUGCACAGCUCUUUGUUCCCGGUAUAUCAGAUGAGAGCGGUGCUACUACUACCCAGAUCAUUUCCGAUUUUGACGAAAGCCCGAUACGCUUUGAAAGCGUGCACAGCAUGAGUCUUCCAUACCCCAGUCCUCGAAACACCUUCUUGCGCGUAUCCCUAUUUGCCAAGGUCACCUCUAUGCACCUUGAUAAACUGUUGAGUUGGGACGACAUGCGGGACUCUGCCCCCAAACCCAAGCAGAAACGUAAGAACGCUAGAUUACCGGAAUCAGAAUUUUACACGGAGGAUUCGCACGACAUCUUCUCGCGGAUACAGGUUCAAGAGAUAUCCGAGGACGGCACAUAUCUCCCGGUGGAGGUUAUACAGAGCGGCGCCAUGGACGCUGGUGUCUACCAAUUGCACCAUGGUCUACAACGCCGUGUUGUAGUCAAUCUCACCCACACAUGCGGAGACACCCUACAAUGGGAAGACGUCACAUCCAUGCGCAUAGGCCGAAUCCGGCUCAUCGACGCCUCGGGUAACUCUCCAGGGUUGGACAGCAGCCCAGUACGAGAAGUGCCUGUCAAACUCACCUCAGCCCCGGUGGUCAAGAACAAUGCAGAUGGAACUACUAAUGUGACAUUCAUCGGACAAUGGGACUCCUCCAUGCACAGUUCCCUGUUACUGGACCGAGCAACACCCGACAAGUACCGUGUGCAGGCAAAUCUGUUAUUCAACGUUACUUCGGCCAAGCUCUCCGAGCCCAUGCUCUUCAGCCUUGAUCUCGCUUUGCAAAUUCGUUCACGCACCUACCUCCGCCCCACGUCUCUCUUUAAUCUUUCGAGCCUCUGGUCUCAAAAUCGCGUUAUCCAUUCUACCGUCGGCGUGUUCAGCAUUGCCAUCCGCCCAACGAGCGUGAAGCGCGCCACAGAUUUGUGGCGUAUGAACACGCGAGAUGACUACAUCAAGGGCGAAGAAAACCUCAGUGGAUGGACCCCUCGCGGCGUCUCCCUUGUGCGUGACUACAUUGCACUUCUCAAGCGUCGCCAGCGUACUUCUGAUAUCGAAACUGCACGCUCUGUUCUUUCUUCGCGCGCUCUAUCCACAUUCCCCCCACCGCUCCCAGCCUCGGCCACACUCACACAAGAGCAAACUGCUCUUCUCAACCGCGUCGUCGCACUAUGGAAGACCAAGAAGGAACCGGCCGAAAUCAUCCUUAAUGCUACCAAUUUAGAGCCACCAGCAAAUGGUGCUGCUUUUGCACCCAGCUCACCCUCGCCUUCACCACGCAAUCGCUCCCUAUCAAGCUCUCGUGAGCGCCCUAGUCUCGUCGCCACCGUCCGCUUCGUCCCCAAGAACCCAGACUGCCUAAAAUCUAGCUAUCUACUCACGCCAGAUCCGACCAACACGCGAUGGAUCCGACGAUUUGUUGAGCUGCGACGGCCUUAUCUCCACGUGUACAGCGCCGAGGGAGACGAACUGAACGCCAUCAAUCUAACCAAUGCGCGUGUGGACCACUCGCCGCAAAUAGCUCGGCUUCUAUCGGGUGCCGCGGCCAAUCCUAACGGCAACGGAAACACUGGCGCAAUGGGCGAUACGGUGUGGGCUGUAUUUGCUCGAAGUAAUACUUAUAUCUUCCGUGCCCGUUCCGAGAGAGAGAAGAUUGAGUGGAUAUUGAGGAUCGACCAGAGCUAUUUCAGCGGCGAAGGAAGCGAGGAAGACUCAUGA